AUGAAUCAAGAAGCUUUACAGAAAGUCCUUAUUGAAAUGGAUAACCAAUUGAAUAAAUCCCGUGCUGAAUUAUCCAUGGUGAAUUUACAAUUAGACAGAACCAAUACAAAUUUGAAAAUCAUUGAAACAACGAAAACUAAACUUAACGAUAUUUGUCAACCAUCAGAAAGAGUAUGGCAAGGCUGUGGGAAAGCUUUUAUUGCCAAAGAUGUUAAAACAUACCUUGGUGAUUUGGAUAAAGAUCAAAAGGAUUAUCAAGAUACUAAGAAAAACUUGACUAUCAAAAAAGACUAUUUACAAACCACUCUUGAAAAAACUAUAGAAGGAAUGACUAGCAUCGUUGGGGAAAAGAAAUAA